AUGCAAGCUUCCCCCGCCUGGAUCCUCGAGGAUCAAAAAGGUCUGGAAAGUCUCAAACUCGUGGACAAAAAGCCCGUCCCUUCCCUAGGCGACCACGAUGUUCUGGUGCGCAUUCACGCCGCCUCGCUCAACCACCGCGACCUAGCCAUCGCAAAAGGCGCCCAUUCCCUAGUGAUCCACCCACAUGUAGUAGCCGCAUCCGACGGCGCCGGCAUCGUCGAACGAGUCGGGCCUCAAGUACAGGGCCUGCAGCCCGGCGACCAAGUCUGCACCUACAUGGUGCCGAACAAGCCCGCCGACGAACCGGUCACUUUCGCGGACAUCAGCCGUGGGCUGGGCCAGCAGGUGGACGGGACGCUUCGCCGGCAGGCGAUCUUCGAUGAAUCGGCGCUGGUGAAGAUGCCGUCCGGCCUGUCGUUCCUGGAAGCCAGCACGCUGACGUGCGCGGCGCUGACGGCCUGGAAUGCGCUGUUCGGGUUGGCGUCGCGGGCGCCGAAGAAGGGCGAUGUCGUGCUCGUUCAGGGGACCGGCGGGGUGUCGGUUAUUGCUUUGCAGUUCGCGUUGGCAGCCGGCGCCACCGUGAUCGCAACCACCAGCUCCGACACCAAGGCGCAGCGACUCCACGCUCUCGGCGCGCACCAUGUGCUCAAUUACCGCCGUAAUCCCAAAUGGGGCGAGGCUGCCAAGCAGCUUACCCCGGACGGUCAGGGCGUGCAUCUGGUCGUCGAUGUGGGUGGGCUGUCGACGGCUAGUCAGUCGCUGAAGGCCGUGCGGCCCGAGGGUGUCAUUGCCAUGACGGGGCUGCUGGGCGGCCCUCCCCCGGACUCGGAUCUCAAUACGUUGAUCGACUGUCUUGUGAAUCUGUGUACCGUGCGGGGGGUUUUGCUAGGUACGAGGCGGCAGUUUGAGGAGAUGAAUCGGUUCAUUGAGGAGCAUCAGAUUCGGCCGGCGGUCGAUGAGAGGGUCUUUGGGUUUGCGGAGAUCGGAGAGGCGUAUCGGUAUAUGGAGGAGCAGAGGCAUUUUUCGAAGGUUUGUGUGAGGGUUGAUUGA